AUGGCCUCUUCCGUCGCCAACACCGUUCGAGAGAUUGGAAAUUCAGCCGCCGAGUCCGUUCAAAGCAUGGCUCAGAAUAAGAAAAUCGCCGACCUCGAAAAGAAUAAGAAGGAUCAGCAGGACACCAAGCAGAACACUACCACUGACUGGGGUGCCAAAGUCUCAGAUGUUGACCACUGGCUGAAGAUUGCCGAUGACAAGAGCGGCAGAAUUGGGCCUUCUUUCCUUGAAGACCAAGUCGCCCGAGAACGCAUUCACCGCUUCGACCAUGAGCGUAUUCCCGAGCGAGUUGUCCACGCACGGGGCGCUGCUGCCCACGGUCACUUCAAACUCUUUGAGAGCGCCGAAGAUGUCACCACCGCCGGAGUACUGACAGACACAUCGCGAACCACUCCAAUUUUUGUCCGGUUUUCCACAGUGCAAGGCAGCCGAGGCAGUGCAGAUACUGUGCGUGAUGUCAGAGGCUUUGCUGUCAAGUUCUAUACCGAAGAGGGUAAUUGGGAUAUUGUGGCCAACGAUAUUCCCGUGUUUUUCAUCCAAGACGCCAUCAAGUUCCCGGAUCUCGUCCACUCCCUGAAACCAGAGCCGGACAAUGAAGUCCCCCAGGGCCAAACGGCUCACAACAACUUCUGGGACUUCGUGUUUCUGCAUAAGGAGGCAACCCACAUGUUCUGUUGGGCCAUGUCCGACAGAGGCAUUCCUCGUUCCUACCGGAUGAUUCAGGGCUUUGGUGUCAACACCUUUGCGCUCAUCGAUGCCAAAGGCGAAAGAACAUAUUGCAAGUUCAUCUGGACACCCGAACUCGGUGUACACUCUUUGGUUUGGGACGAGGCCCUCAAAUUGGCCGGCCAAGACCCCGACUUCCACCGCAAGGAUUUGUGGGAGGCCAUCGAGAACGGAGCCUACCCGAAGUGGAAAUUUGGUCUGCAGUGCAUCAAGGAUGGCGACCAAGAUAAAUUCGACUUCGACAUUCUUGACGCUACAAAGGUCUGGCCCGAGGAGCAAGUGCCCAUCCGCUACAUUGGUGAACUGGAACUCAACCGCAACGUUGAUGAGUACUUUGCCGAGACCGAGCAGGUAGCCUUCUGCACCAGCCAUAUCGUGCCUGGCAUUGAUUUCAGUGAAGACCCUCUCCUCCAGGGCCGGAACUUCUCCUACCAAGACACUCAAAUUACCCGGUUGGGCGUGAACUGGGAAGAAUUGCCCAUCAACCGUCCAGUCUGCCCGGUUCUGAACUUCAACAGAGAUGGCCAGCUCCGCCACACGAUCACGAAAGGCAAAGCCAACUAUUGGCCCAAUAGAUGGGAAGCCAACCCACCAACGAGUCACAGCGGGACAGGCGGAUUCGAAUCAUAUCCAGCGCAGUAUCCCGGCAUCAAGGCGCGUAAACUCACCGAGAAAUGGAAGGACUAUCUGUCACAAGCGCAACUUUUCUUCAAUUCCAUGUCCGACAUAGAGAGGAAGCACAUGAUCGAGGCCUUUUCCUUUGAACUGGACCAUUGCGAUGACGAAAUUGUCUACGAACGCCUCGUCACCCGCUUGGCAGAGAUUGAUUUGUCGCUCGCUCAGGCGGUGGCCAAGAACUGCGGUGCAAAGACCCCUGAGAAACAGACUGUUCCGAAUCACGGCAAGAAGGCCAAGGGUCUCAGCCAAUUUGACUACAUGCCCCAGGAGCCAACGAUCAAAGGCCGCCGCGUGGCCAUUUUGAUUGCAGACGGCUUCGACAUCACGGCGUACGAGGCCAUGAAGGCGGCAGUCUUGGCGCAGAGCGCCGUGCCUUGGACGAUCGGGACCAAGCGCCAGCCCAUUGUGGCUUCAGACGGCUCAUCGCAGGUGAAGCCUGACCAUUUCCUGAACGGCCAGCGAUCCACCAUGUUCGACGCGUUGUUCAUCCCUGGCGGCGCUGAUUCCAUCAACACGCUGAAGGAGAUCGGCCUGGCGCGAUUCUGGGUCAAAGAAGCCUUCGGGCACCUGAAGGCUAUCGGCGCCGUCGGCGAAGGGGUGAAAUUCGUGCACGCCGCUCUCACCGAGGUUCAGAAUGUAACGCUGGCAUCUGAGGGAAGUGAUGGCAUUGUAGAUUGGUACGGUGUCGUCACAGCUCAGAAACCCGACGCGGGAAGUGGUGUCAAGGAAGGUGUCAAGAUGAUGAAGGAAGCCAAGGACUUCACGAGCAAAUUCUUCUGGAACAUCUCCCAGCAUCGCAAUUUCCCGAGAGAACUGGAUGGCUACGCAGAGCAGGUAUCCAUCUAGACCAGCGGCAAGAUUGCAUGAUGGAAAGAGUCGGUGAAGGAGGCAGGUUCAUGGAUGUGUGGGA